CCCAGCUGGCCCGAACCCAAUUCUUACCCUCGACGACGAUACUCACGAUACGCUUCCUAGCAUCAUAGCACUGCCGCAUUAUUUCGAACUUUGGACUCCUCCACGCUGUGCCCGCCUUUGUCAACACCAAGCCUCGUCACACGCUGAGCGGCUCGUUGCCGCUUUCUUCGCCCGCAUUGGGUCCACGGCGAACCAGCCUGUGCAGACUAGGAAUCUCUGGAACGGUGGACUAGCAUUCACCUCGUGCUAAUCGCCGUCGCAGCCAUCGCAAUGAGUGGACUACCGGAGCGCAGCUUUUCUUUCAACUACCAUGACGAAGGGACACUCCAGCCUCGUAGCAACGGCUACCAGCAACAGUACUCGCAGCACUCCCAACCCUAUCAAGACGAACCCGCAGUCUCCCCUAUAGACCCUCCUCGCAGCCAGCAAAUACCAUCGUCAUACGACGCCCCUCCACCCCCUCCCGCUCACCGGCAGCCAAGCAGCGCCUACAGCCAAUACAGCCAGCACCAGUCACAGAGACAGUACGACGGACAGCAGGAAUCUCUCCCACGACAAAAUACCAUACCAAGACGCCCGCUCAGCCAGUCUCCACCCCCUCGUUACGGUGUUGGAGCUGUUCCAAAUACUUCACAGCCUCGUCGCCAGUCCGACACCACGCCGGGAAUGGACAACUUGAGCACAGCUGCAGCAGGAGGUGGAAUUUCAGGAAUCGCGAUGGGAGUUGCCAGCACAAAUGAGCGGGACAGCGGUGUGCAGGCGUUGCGGGACAUCGACAACCUAUACCGGUCUGGUGACAUCGCAGGAGCAAGACACACCCCCUCAGAACGCCGAUUUGACCAAGACGACGACAAUUACGGGGUACUCAACCAAGCAGCCGUACCACCACGAAGACCCGUCGACCCUCAACCCUCCUACUCCUCCACAGUACCUCUUGCUGCUGCAAGCCACGCUCCAGCCGCAGCGUCACGAGCCGAAAGCUCCUCGGAACGAAGCAUACCAUUAUACAACCAACCCUCUCCCAGCGCCUACCCUUAUGCUGAUACCCCCUAUGACCAAUACUCGUCUAGCAACCUCCGCCUCGCCCCUGCCAUGGGCGCAAUCGACCCCAACACCAUCGCCGACGACGGGGACGAUGACUUCGCCCAAACCCAACAUGGUCAAAAACGCCGCUCCCUACUCCCUUUCGGAAACAAUCGUAACUCCAGCCGUGAAGGCAUCGCGCCAGCUGCUGCGGGGGUUGGUGCAGGAGCGGCCGCUGCAGGAGCUUUUGCAUUUGGCGCGCGAGAUGCCAGUGGCACUUAUAAUGCCGUACCCACGAAUGGCGUACAAGACUCUGCCAGCGGUGGCGCUGGUGGCAUCGGUCCAGGGGCUGAGAAAAGUGACUGGCUGAACCGCCAAAAUAGCGGAAACAAACGUCUCAAGUGGAUUGUAGGUACCAUCGUCGUGCUUGUUAUCAUCGGCGGCAUAGUCGGAGGCGUGAUUGGAGGUGUGCUCUCACGGAAGAACAACAAGUCUUCCUCCAAGCCUAGCGAUCAGUCCCCUCAAGGAGUGGCCAACGACAACAAAUCCGAUCUUGACAAGAACAGCGCCGAAAUUCAGAAGCUAUUAGGGAACGCGAACUUGCACAAAGUAUUUCCGGGCAUGGACUACACGCCCCUGAAUGCCCAAUACCCCGAUUGCAUGCAUACACCUCCCAGCCAAAACAAUGUCACACGAGACAUGACCAUGCUCAGUCAGCUCACAAACGCGGUCCGGCUGUAUGGCACCGAUUGCAACCAGACCGAGAUGGUCUUACACGCUAUUGACCGUCUUGAGCUCACAGACAUGAAGGUCUGGCUCGGCGUAUGGCUCGGAAACAACGACACGACCAACGACCGGCAGCUCGCGCAGAUGUGGGAGAUCCUAGACGACCAGAAAUCCAAGAACAACAUCGAUGUCUUCAAAGGAGUCAUCGUCGGCAACGAAGUCCUCUUUCGAAAGGACCUAACGAUAGACGCCCUCGGCAAGAUACUCGGAGACGUCAAGAAGAACCUCACAGACAAGGAUAUGGAUUUACCGCUCGCGACGUCGGAUCUUGGAGACAACUGGACUGCAGCGCUUGCUCAAGAUGUUGACAUCGUAAUGAGCAAUAUUCAUCCGUUUUUCGCGGGUGUCACAGCCGAAGCGGCGGCCGGGUGGACGUGGACGUUCUGGCAGGGGCAUGAUGUUCCUUUGACAAAGGGCCUCACGACCAAGCAAAUCAUCUCCGAAGUCGGAUGGCCGUCUGCUGGAGGAAAUGACUGCGGUGAGGUUGAUUGUACGAGUGAUACGCAAGGAAGUAUAGCCGGGAUCGACGAAAUGAACACAUUCAUGGAAAGCUGGGUUUGUCAGAGUUUGGCGAAUGCUACGGAGUAUUUCUGGUUUGAAGCUUUCGACGAACCCUGGAAGAUCCAGUUCGACACAAAAGGCAAAGAGUGGGAAGACAAAUGGGGCCUGAUGGACAUUGACCGCAAUUUGAAAGAUGGGGUCAAGAUUCCGGACUGUGGGGGCAAGACUGCGGCGUAGAGCAAAGAUUUACACUAGCUUGAGUACGGUUAUGAAAAUAUGGGUAUGGAUAUGACUGGGAAGGUGGCUUGUGUGUGCUCAUGUUCGUGAUACAUUUGGUAGGCAAGGCGUUGGUGGCUUUCUUGGGCGGGAUUUAUGGGGACUACGAGCGGUGAGCGUGUUGUAUAGUAUAUGACAUUCCUGCGAAGUCAUGAAGUAUAGCGGGGGCCAUGGGAAGUACCGCUGUGAAGGACGCAGUAAUAUAUUGUAGAUAGGACCAAUAUGCAAACGGACGAGUUUGGCUUUAUCCACCAUCCUAUUCGGUGGGCAUCUAGGUAACGUACGCGGAUAUGUCCUUCCCCAUCAGGUUCGUACCCACGCUUCUGUCCUAUCUCUACAUGUGUCGUAGGCAUUCAACACUGAAAUGUGUUCUGAC